AUGACUGGAGUUCUGCGUGUUCUGACGGCGUUGGUGGCAGUGGCUGCGGGAGCUAGUUCGAAUCCGAAUUGGCCGUGUACGGGGGUAGUGCCACGUGGGAAGUAUACGCAGGCGGCGUGCGAGGCUGAGUGUCAGACGAUGUUGAGUGCUUGUAAGCGUGAACAGUUGGCUGACAACAACGCGGUGUUUGCGUGCGUGAUUGAGAAGGUGGACAUGACCAAGUGUGAGUUCCACACCACCUCCAGCGCGGGCGAUGCGCCGAAGACCUCUUGGUACAAGAAGGGUGGCGUGGUCGCCGGCGCUUCCGCCGGACUCGCUGCACUUGUCGGCCUCGGCGGCUACGGACUCUAUCGCCGCAGAAACAACCGCGCGGAAGUCCAAGAAGCGGAGAACGGACUCACGGAUGGGGCCUACUACAACAAGGAAGGCGUACUCGUCGACCAGAAUGGCAAUCCCGUAGACACUGAAUUUUAA